AUGCUCCUUUUGAUUAUUAUAUGCUUAAUAGAAACAUGUUUAACUUAAAAAAAAGAUAAAUAAUACAUUGAAGUGACUGGAUUAUAAAAUUUUGAGAUUAAAGACUUUAUCCCUAAGAAUCUUUCUGAAAAAUAAAAGGUUACGUUUACACUUACCUACGAAGAUGGAGAGAUUCCAAUUUUUGUUAUUUGUGAUAAUCAGCCACAUUUUAAUACAUUGACAAAUUACGAAUCGAUUUAAAAGUAAUAGUAUGAAUAUUUUAGUUAAAAUUGUUUAAGUGACAUAAAUGCUUAUGAUUAGAAAUCAGAAAUACAAUCAAUUUCUUUAACAAAGAAUGUUAAAUCAUAAGCUUUUUAAAAACAUUUUAAUAUUUAUUAAAUAGAUAAUUAGAAUAUGUUUGUUGGAGCAUACUCAAAAAAAUAAUCAACAUUUUUAAUGACUGCUAUAAUUCAAUCAUUAUAUAAUUGUGGAAAGUAUUUAUUAUAAUUAAAUUAGAGAAUGUAAAAAUGGAGGAAGUUGUUUUUAUGGAAUAUGUGAAUGUUAAGAAGGAACUUUUGGUGAUGAUUGCAGUAUAAUAGGUAUAGAUAUUAAAGAUCAACUAAAAUUAUCUCCAAAUAAAUUAUAUUAUUUAAGCUUAUAUUCAACAGGAGCAACAUUCUAAAGAAUUUUAUCAAAUCAAAUACCUUUAAAGUAAUAAUGUUAUGCAGAGAAACCUUUUAUAGAUUAAGGUUCAAUACUGAUUACAAAUCUACUUUAAUUAAAUUAUGAUUAAAUUUAAAAUUGUAGAAAUCUUACAAAAACUCUCUAAGAUGAAAUUAAAAUCAAAUAGAAUGCUUAUAUCACUUUUAAAAUCUAUAGCUAAUAUGAUGUAAACAUUCUUAUUAACAGUGAUUAAGAUGAUGGAUUAUCAAAAAUGAUGAUGAUAAUUUUUAUUCCACUUUGUAUAGUAUUCUUUUUCUUAUUGGUUUGUUGUUGUGUAAAAAUUUAUUAAAAAAAACUACCAUAAACAUAAAUUCAUAAAAAAGUAGAUUAAGAUUUUGAGGCAAGCUUUGUAAAUUUAUAUAUGCCAACUCUUAAAUUUUAAUAAGUUAAAGAAAUAAUUUAAGAUGAUAUAAAUCAAUAAGAAACUUAUUGUUCAAUUUGUUUAGAGAAAUUCACUUUAUAGAAUAAUGUUAAAGUGACUUAUUGUAAACAUAUUUAUCAUUCUCAAUGCUUAUCAAUAUGGAUAAAGAAAAUCAAAGUAUAAUUUAAUCUAUAUUUAGAUAUGUCCUUUAUGUAGAGCACCUUUAGAUGAAAAAACUCUGGCUUAAUUGAUGCCUUUAAGAUCUUAGACAUUGAUAGAUUAAAUUUCUAGUAAAUCUUAAUCAAAUAAUAAUAAAUUGAAGAUAUUAUCUUUGAAUUCAUUAUCUAGUCUAAAUGGAGCCAAUACUUAAAAUGCUUUUUAGCAUCUGAAUUAUUAAAGAAGUUUAGUUUUAGUAGAAUGA